AUGACGACCAUAAGCGUGGACAGGCUUGUAGCCCUAUUGUUGGGACUGAGAUACAGACAAACUGUAACUUUGGAACGCAUAUAUAUCAUGCUAGCUGCCUUUUGGGUUUUAUCAAGUUUAACUGGUUUGUGCUGUAUUUUAAAUUACCUUAUAGCCCUAUGGCUUGGCCGUAUAAGCAUAUCACUAUUUCUGCUAAUCUCAAUCAUCUCGUACACAAAGAUUGUUCUUACUCUCAGUCAUUAUCAGGCUGAAGUACAACAUCAUGUCCAACAACAGCCGAGCCAACCAAAUGCAUUAAAUAUGGUGAAAUACAGAAAAGCGGUGUACAGUGCACUGUGGGUGCAGUUUGCAUUAGUUGUUUGUUAUUUAACAUAUUUUAUAAUAGAAACUUUGAUCAGCCAAAGUAACACAUAUUCACUGCACUUAGUCGUUUUCUGGCGGUUAACGAUAGGCUUAGUUUAA